AUGCAAACCACAACUAUAGUUAAAUGUAAUAUGGACCUUGGCCCACUAAGAUAUCUCUUUAGGAGAAGUCUCAAAUCAACAGGUUACGUACUUGAGGGUAGUUGAUUUGUUAAAAUAGUGGGAGAGUUAUUAGUUAAAGACGUAGCUAAUUACUUAGAUUCUUGAUAGUAACUAUCUUGGAAAUUAUAUGUAGAUGUCUAAUAACAACCAUAACCUCACUCUUCGCUCGAUCCUCGACAAAGAUAAGUUGACCGGCUCUAACUUCUUAGACUGGCAAAGAAACGUCGUUAUCGUUCUUCGACUCAAGAAGAAAGAAUACGUGCUCAAACGAGCCAUCCCACCUGUCCCGGCCGCCAAUGCUUCUAGAGCUAUCAAAGAUACUUAUGAGAAGCAUGUUGAUGAUGAGCAUGAGGUGGCAUGUCUCAUGUUGGCUAUGAUGACUUCUGACCUUCAAAAACAUCACGAGAGUAUGAAGGCGUACGAUAUGAUCAUACACCUAAGACAGCUCUACCAAGGACAAGCUAGGCAUGAGAGAUUCCAAAUCUCCAAAGCUCUCUUUAGUUGCAAGUUGUCGGUUGGAAACCCCGUUGGUCCGCAUGUUCUCAAGAUGAUUGGCUACGUCCAAACUCUUGAGAAGUUGGGUUUCGAACUAAGGACUGAACUUGCGACUGAUCUAAUUCUGCAAUCGUUGCCUGAAUUAUACAAGCAGUUUGUGGUUAAUUACGAGAUGCAUGAACUCGAUAAACCACUGCCAGAACUUUUGAAGAUGUUGCAAACUGCUGAAGAGAGCUUGACGAAAGGAAAGGGGAAUUUUGUCCUUCUGGUUCAAGGAGGAAAAGGCAAGAAGAAGUUCAAGAAAGCAAAGAAGAAUGGACCUAAAGGCAAGGGUAACACCGAACCAAAGUCAAAUUCUUCUAAGCUCAAGCCUAAAGGUGGAGUGGCCAAAGAUUCCAUUUGUCAUCACUGUGGUGAAAAUGGGGAAGAAGUACCAAUGAAGAAAGUUGGGGAAACCACCGUUCCCAAAACCGAAGACGAAUACGAAGCGCAGGAUAUCAAGAAAAUAGAGAACAACGCCAAGGCUAUCAACAUUCUUUAUUGUGCAGUAAACCCGGAUGACUACCGGAAGAUCUCUUCUUGUUCCACCGCCAAGGAAAUGUGGGACAAGCUAGAAAUCACAUAUGAAGGUACGGAUCAAGUCCGAGAAGCUAAGAUAGAUUUUCUAACCCAUGAGUAUGAACUAUUUCAUAUGAAGGAGAACGAGAAAAUCGACAAUAUGUUUGAAAGAUUUUCAAAAAUCGUAAACGAUCUUCAUGCUCUCAAGAAGACAUACACGGACAAUGAGCUUGUAAGAAAAAUCCUGCGGAGUCUCACACCGGAAUGGCGCUCCAAAGCCGAUGCUAUCCAAGAAUCUAUCGGCAUCACAAGUGUCACCAUUGACGGACUUAGAGGAGGUCAAAGAAAAAGAUCCCGCACCGGCAAGAACGUGGCUUCUUCCUCGGCUCCUCCACCACCGGCGCACCAAUACCUCGACGGGUCGUUCCUUUGGUUCAACAACCACGAGGAGGCGAUGCGGUUCUCGGAGAAAUUUGAGCACCGGGAGAUUCUCCCUCCCCGAUUCUCCACUGCCCGCUUCAUUCAUGACUCCAUUCCACGUGAGGCACGGGUUAUCCUCGAACGUGGAAACUUCCUCGAUCUCCUCUACAUCAAGAAGGCCAAUUAUCACCCCUUUCUUGUUCGAGCUUUCUACUCGAACUUGAAAAAGGAUGAGGACGGAGCGUUGAUCUCUAACGUCAACGGGGUGGACAUCUAUUUGAAUGAGGAGAACAUUCAAAUCCUCACCGGGCUUCGUCGGGAUGGACAGGAUCUCGGGCUCUACGUUGGAGAAGAAGGAGCACGGUUCAACGAGACCGCCCUCUUGGAGGAAGUGGGCAUCCGAAACUUCGUCCCCACUCCCCAACAGCGGCGCCCUACGAUUGCUUCCAUGAGCUUCGUGUUUCGAUUCAUUUUUAAUGUUUUGACACGGAUUCUCAAGCCCAGGAAGUUCAAUCACACCACUCUCUCCCAGGAGGACACGAAGACAAUUCAUGCGAUGAUUCAACACGCCAAUCUCAAUUGGUGUAAAUUUGUGAUGACUCACAUGUUCACCGCCACCUCCGACAAUCGGCCGCUCCCCUACGCCCUCCUCGUCAUGGCGAUUCUUGAAGAGUAUAAUAUCAAAACCGAUGUUGGGCCAAAGAUAAAGGGGACAAAGCAUUGGGAGAUUGAUGAAUCCUCUUUCCACUCGGGCACCAACGAGACUCCGUUUCGACAGCCUCGUCCACGCCGCCAACCAAGAGCCACUGCCUCAACCGCCACCACUUCGACCAAUCCUUCUCUCGCCGAGCAAAUGGCAGCCUUGACCGCCACUCUCUCUCGGAUUGACACCAACGUCUCUAAAAUGGCACACAACGUCAAUACCUUGAGCCGUGAACUUCACGGGUAUUUUGACUUUGUCAAUUACCCGUACGCUCAAAUGGUCCCCUACGUUCCUCCACCGAAUUUCGGAGGUGAACAGAGUAGGACUCAAAACGUUGGUAGAGAUGAAGAGGUGCACGAUGAGGAAGAGGAAGAAGAAGAGGAAGAAGAAGCCGAUGAUGAUGAUGGUGGUGGUGGUGGCGAUGGUGAUGAAGAUGAAGAAGAAGAAGAAGACAUUGACGAAGACCAACUUCUCAAUGAUCUUUCACCGGACUUCUAGAGCUCUAGCUCUAUUCCCUUCUCUUCUUUAUUCUUUUUAUGCUUUUUAAAUUUUCUUCCGUCAUGUACUCCGCUAUUUUCCUUAAUUAAUAAAAAUCUUUAUGGUUU